AUGCUGUCCGCCGCCGUCCAGAUCCUGGCGUUCGCCCUGGCGCUCCUGGGCGUCCUCGGCGCCGUCGUAGCCACUCUGCUACCCAACUGGAAGGUGAGCGUCAACGUCUGGUCCAGCAUCGUGACCCCCAUCUCGCAGAUGCAGGGUCUGUGGAUGGACUGCGUCUGGUACAGCUCUGGCGUCUUCAGCUGCACCAUGAAGAACUCGGUGCUGUCGCUGCCGGCGUAUCUGCAGACCACACGGGCCGCUAUGGUUCUGUCCUGCAUGGUGGCGUCGUUUGGACUCUGCCUCGCCUCCCUGGGGCUCAAAUGCACCCGCUGGGGGGGCAGCCACCGAGCCAAGGGGCACACGGCCAUCGCCGCAGGGGGCUGCUUCAUCCUGGCCAGCUUCCUCUGCCUGGUCCCCGCGUCCUGGUUCACCAACGAAGUCAUCACCGCCUUCCUGACCACGGACCUGCCGGACAGCAGUAAAUAUCAGCCUGGGGGAGCUCUGUGCGUGACGUUUAUCUCGGCUGGCUUCCUCCUGGCUGGAGGGGUCAUUUUUUGUUUGUCGUGUCCCGGAAAAAGAACGAGACGACCGGACCGCGCUUCCUGCGCCGACCCUGACAGACUCGUGCUGUGCCGAGACGAGCAGCGGAAGCGGGAGCCGCGGCCGGAGCGCGAGCAGCCAAAAAAACGACCAAACAAAACUGUCCAGCUGCAGAUGGACAAGAUGAGGCAGGAGAAACCUGGUCAGGAGCAGAGGCUCUACUCAUCGCCCUCCAAACUCCCUCAAAAAGACAUCAAGGACAGCUACAGCCUCCAGGAGUACGUUUAA